UUUUACAUAAUUUUAAUCCAAAAGGCUUAUUGGAAACAGCAGCGAUAGAUUUGGAUGCGCAAGAGUGAGAGGAGAGGAGAGCUCGGCCUCUUUUCUACGGACACUUCGGCGUCGCCCACGCACACGUUUGAGCGCGGAGGAGUGAGACGUUUCCUAAAAGUUGUUUUUCCCAUUGCUGCGUGUUUUCAGGCGGUUUGGUGUCCGCUCCUCUGGGUCUGAGGAUGCGCUCUCAGAUGUACCUUCUGCUGCGUGAGUGGGUCGCAAAGAAGCGGACUGAGGUAAGCGCGCGCUCAUUUUCCCUGUAACGCGCACAGGCAGGCAGCAGAGCUGGGAGAGAAGGACGCACAGCUCAGACUCACACAGGCAUCUGAGGCUGGCUGCCGGAGCAUGGUGCCGGAGAGCCCAGGGCUCCAGUUUAGUCCAAGUUUUUGGAUCUCAGCAGGACGCAGGGAGGCAGGUCCGCGGGGACCUGGGAGGACACAUGGACAUCGGAGGGACACCAGCGCUCUGAGAUCAGCCAAGACAGACCCGACCAUGCUUUGGAUCACCUUUUUACCGUUUUUGUUGCCGUGCUUGGCCGCCAACAGGACGUCGGACCCCGUGCCAUUCUUUCACGGACAUGUCUUUGAGAACUCGUCUCCGGGCUCGCGGGUCAACGGGCUCAGCGUCCCGCUGAAGCGGUUGAACUCUCUCCGGCUGUGCGGCACCGGGGAGCCCGGCUCACCCGCGCCGCGCUUCAAACUUCUGGGAGAUGGAAGCGAGGACUUCCGAGUGUUUGCGCACCACAAGCGGGGAACCGUCCUGCUGAGGACCAGCCAGACUUUGGACCGAGAGGAGCGGGCUGAGUACGCACUGAGCCUUGCCUGCUGCUGCGGACAGGACGCUCCGGAUCUGGUGGCGUCCAUCAAGGUGGACGUUCUGGACACCAACGACCACCAGCCCGUCUUCCCCAGCGCGGAUGUGAAGCUGGACCUGGAUGAUGCCACUGCGCUGCGCGCGGCCAUCUAUUCGUUCAGCGCGCAGGACGCAGACAGCGGGAAGAACGCGGAGCUCUACUACUUCACUGUGCCCAAAAACGGAAGUUUUUACGCGGUGCCCAAAACAGGCGACAUCCUGCUGGUGGACUCCAUCCUGGGUCUGGAACAGCCCAUUAAGUUCCAGGUGUUCGCGCGGGACCGCGGCUGGCCGCCGCGCACGAGCCAAAGUGUCUCCGUGGAAAUAAACCCACGACAGUGGCCUGUCGCGGACGCGGCCGGUCCCAAACUGAAACAGCCAGUUCAAGCGCGGAGAUCCAGAUCGGUCCCGGAACCAGAAACCCCGAUUUUCAUUAGCGUGUCUGAGGACGCGGGGAUCGGCUCGGUCGUGGUGAACCUGAACCCGGUCAGGUUUGGCUCCGCCACCUUCGAGCUGCUGGAGCCGGAGGUGGAGAGCUGCCCGAUCAGCGUGAACAGAGACAGCGGGGAUGUGGUCAUUAUGCGGCGGCUAGACCGGGAGACGGAACCACUGCUGGAGAUCACGGUCCGGGUUCAGGACCGGAGAGGUCCAGAGUGGUACCUGGUUCGAGUGGAAUUGACUGUGACGGAUGUAAACGACAACAUCCCACAAUGGACCAUGCUUCCUGCUCCCUACCUCGCAGUCGUUUCCCCAGAUGCCCUGGCAGGUUCACUGGUGUACAAACUCCAAGCUCAGGAUGGAGAUGAAGGCCUUAAUGGUGAAGUUGAAUACUUCCUUUCUGAUGGCGGUGACGGUCGAUUCGAAGUGGACAGGAAGACUGGCCAGAUACGAACGACGGGGCUGCCUCUGCAGCGUGACAGGGAGUACCUGCUGACGGUGGCAGCUGCCGACGGGCUGGGCAGCCGCAGCGCUCCUGCCAUCAUAUCAGUGGUUGCUGGAGCGCGGCCUCCACAGUUUACUAAUGCCUCCUUCACCAUCGAGAUACCAGAAAACACCCCUGAGGGACAACCGGUGCAACAGUCUGUUACUGAAGGAGCUGUCCAGUUCAGCACCAGCUUCAUGCAUGGGGUACGAGUUGUUAUUGUUGAUGAGAAUGACUGCGUUCCAGAAUUCCUGCAGUCAAUCUACAGCACGGAUGGUGUACCAGAGACGGUCACAACAGCCACCUCCUUGUUGCAAGUGUCUGCCAACGAUUGCGACUCAGGAGCCAAUGCGGAUUUGACCUAUUACACCCUAAGUCCAGACUUCAUCAUUUCCCCUCAUGGGACCGUGUUCCCAGCAGGGCCUCUGGACUACGAAAGACCGAAUCACCUGUACGAGUUUGUUGUCAUGGCAGUUGACAAGGGAGAGGCCCCUCGCACAGGGACAACGACAGUACGGAUUAGAAUGGCCAACAUCAACGAUGAGGCACCUGAGUUUUCCCAACACAUAUAUCGGACCUUUGUCUCAGAAGAUGCAGGACCUAACACACUUGUUGCAACUGUGUUGGCAAAGGAUCCCGAUGGGGAUGGGAUCACGUACAAGAUUACCACAGGAAACGAUGAAGGCAACUUUGUCAUCGACAGUCAGAAAGGUCUGAUCCGGCUGCGCUCCAGUCCGCCGCCUCGCCUGCAGGGGGUGGAAUACGUCCUUAACAUCACAGCCACCGAUGACAACGCCUCAGGUGGGCCUCAGCCGCUGUCCUCCACAGCGCAGGUUAUAGUAGGAGUGGACGACGUCAACAACAACAAGCCAGUCUUUGAAAAGUGUCAGGAGUACCGUGAGAGCACGUCUGUGCUGGAGAACCAACCAGCGGGGACCUUUGUCCUCCAGGUCCAUGCUGUGGAUGCAGACGAAGGCUCCAAUGGCAGGGUCACCUACGGCUUCAUGCAUAAAGACUCUACGGUUCCUGCGUUCAGCAUCCACCCUGAUACUGGUGUAAUCGUGACUGCCAGAAAAUUUGACCGUGAGCGCCAGCGUGAAUACGCAGUGACGGUGACGGCUACCGACCAGGCAGCCGACCCACUGAUUGGCAUCUGUCAGCUCAAUAUUCUCAUCCUGGACCAGAACGACAACAGCCCCAAGUUUGAGAACCUACGAUAUGAAUACUUCCUCCGUGAGGACACCAUGAUCGGGAACAGCUUCCUGCGGGUGGCGGCUCAUGACGAUGACUUCGGUACCAAUGCAGCAAUCACGUAUAGCAUGUCUGGGGAGCCGCCGGAAUACCUCCGGGUCAGUCCGCUGACAGGCUGGGUCUACGUAAACCAGCCUAUCUCACAGAGGACAUACAUCACCAGGGAGAUUGUAGCAACAGACGGAGGAAACAGGAGCAGUUCAGUGGAGCUGGCCGUCACCAUCACCAACGUGAAGAACCAGCCACCACAGUGGGAAAACGAUACCUACAGAGUGGUCAUCCCAGAAAACACUGUUCGAGACACGGCCAUCGUGAAGAUCAAAGCCACGUCUCCUCUGGGAGAUCCACGGGUCACCUAUAACCUGGAGGAUGGGAUGGUCCCAGAGACUAACAUGCCUGUUCGCUUCUACCUGACUCCCAAUCGCGAGGAUGGCUCCGCCUCCAUCUUGGUUGCCGAACCGCUUGACUAUGAAACCACCAGGAACUUUAUUCUGCGGGUUCGGGCCCAGAAUGUGGCGGCCGUACCAUUAGCUGCCUUCACCACCGUCUAUGUCAACGUCACAGAUGUUAAUGACAAUGUGCCAUUCUUCACCUCGUCAAUCUAUGAGGCCUCGGUGACUGAAGGAGCAGAGUCAGGAACAUUGGUUUUCCAGGUAUCAGCCAAUGAUAUGGACCUAGGCCUAAAUGGGAAGAUUUCUUACUCGCUGCUGGAGGACCGCAGCGGGGAUCAUCAGUUCUUCAGGAUCGACUCAGAGCUUGGCUUCAUCUACUCGCAGGCUGUGUUUGAUAGAGAAACUAAAAGCUCAUAUCUUUUGGAGGUUCAGUCUGUGGAUGGCUGGGAGUCAGCGCGGCCUGGAAAACAUGGACAACCCAACUCUGACACAGCAUAUGUUCGAGUUUUCAUCAGCGACGUGAACGAUAACAAGCCUGUGUUCGCACAGCCUUCUUAUGAAGUCGAUGUGGAUGAGGACGCUGACGUGGGCUUUGCUAUUCUCACAGUCAGUGCCAAUGAUGGGGACGAAGGUGGAAAUGCCAAGCUUCGCUACCAGAUCACAUCAGGAAACACAGGAGGCGUGUUUGACGUGGAGCCAGAGGUGGGAGCCAUCUUCAUCGCUCAGCCUCUGGACUACGAACUGAACAAAAGAUACAAGCUUCAUGUCUUGGCUUCAGACGGGAAGUGGGAAGAUUACACAACGGUGACGGUGAACGUAGUGAACAAGAAUGACGAGGCCCCCGUGUUCACGGUGAACGAGUACUACGGCAGCGUGACGGAGGAGCUGGAUGGUUCACCAGUCUUUGUCCUGCAGGUGACGGCGUCCGACCCAGAUAAGGAUGCUGACCAGGAGGCCCUGCGGUACUCCCUCCAUGGCCAAGGUGCUGAGAGCGAAUUCAUAAUCGAUGAGGUCACAGGAAAGAUCUACGCCCAGAGGACACUGGACCGCGAGGAGCGUGCUGUUUGGCGCUUUGUCGUCCUGGCCACAGAUGAGGGGGGUGAGGGUCUGACGGGAUUCACCGACGUCAUCAUCAAUGUGUGGGACAUCAAUGACAAUGCCCCAGUGUUCCCCUGCGCUCUCAGUUGCCUUGGAGAUGUGGCAGAGAACUCAGCACCCGGGACGUCCGUCAUGGAGAUGACCGCGACCGACUUGGAUGACUCGGCCGUGGGGCAAAACGCUGUGCUGUCCUAUAGGAUUGUGGGUAUUUUAGACUCCACAGACAGUAGACUGGGUGGAGUGCCCACCUCCUCAGACAUGUUCACCAUCAACCCCACCUCAGGAACUAUUUCUGUAGGCGUAGGAGGUCUGGACCGGGAGCAGGUGGAGUCCUACCUGCUGGUUGUGGAGGCCAGAGAUGGAGGAGGGAUGACUGGAACUGGAACCGCAACCAUUCAGAUAACAGACGUAAAUGACCAUGCUCCAAGGUUCCUAGAUCAUUCCUGUCAAGCAAGGAUCUCUGAGAACUCAGAGCCCAACUCAGAGGUUCUGGAACUCGCUGCUGAGGACCAGGACACUGGGGAAAACGCUCAGCUGACCUUCAGCGUUGUGGCGGGAGAUCAGGAGCAGAAGUUCUACAUGCUGAGUCAGAAGCAGGAGCAGAGAGGAACUCUGAGGUUGAAGAAACGGCUGGACUAUGAACGGCACAGCGAGCAGAAGUUCAACCUCACUCUGAAGGUGGAGGACUUGGACUUCUCCAGCUUUCUACACUGCGUGGUCGAGGUGGAGGAUUACAAUGAUCAUGCUCCAGUCUUCAUUCCUCACUUUCUGGCUCUGGCACCGCUGCCUGAGGAUGUAAGCGUGGGAACCAGCGUGGCCCAUUUGGUGGCCAGUGACUCUGACUCUGGCCAGAACCGUGAUAUAGCCUACAGCCUGUCUGAGGACUCAGACCCAGAGGGCCUGUUUACUAUUGACCAGUCCGGUCUGCUCUCUGUGGCCCGGCCCCUUGAUCGAGAGAAGACGGCCCAACAUCUCUUGGUCAUCAUAGCAACAGAUCAUGGCAUCCCGGCUCUUACAGGAAGCGCUACCGUUCAGCUGCCUCUGUUGGAUGUCAAUGACAAUGGCCCAGAGUUUGAGGCAGCCUACUCUCCUGUGGUCUUUGAGAAUGUAGCCGGUCCGCAGGUGGUGAGGUUGAACCAAACCUCCACCGUCCUUCGAGCUGUGGACAGGGACUCUCCUGAGAACGGACCUCCCUUUCGCUUCAGCGUCCCUCCAGAGUACCGCUAUAGUAAUGACUUUUACCUCCAGGAUAACUUGAACGGUUCUGCAACGCUAACAGCUCUCAGGAUGUUUGACCGUGAACGGCAGAAAGAGUUCCUGCUUCCUGUGGUCAUGAGUGACAGCGGGCAUCCAGCCAAGACAGUGACCAGCACUCUGACUGUGACCAUUGGGGACCAAAACGAUCACGCUCACUUGGCCGGAGAGAAGCAGAUAUCGAUCAACAGCCACAGAGGCCGUAUGCCAACCACCGUCCUUGGAAAGAUCUACGCUCCCGACCCUGAUGACUGGGAUAAUAAGACCUUUGUGUUUGAGGGACACCUGCCAAGUUACUUCAUCCUGAACAAGCGGACUGGGUUUCUCAUCAUCAAGGAAAACACCCCUCCUGGCACCUACCAGUUCCAGGUCCGUGUGUCAGAUGGAAUUUGGCCUGACGCCGUCUCCACCGUUAGCGUCCACGUGAGAGAGCUGCGAGACGAGGCCAUCUACAACUCAGGGUCCCUUCGCCUGGCAGGUAAGGUGAACCCCCCUAAACCCUCUCAGUUCCUUCCACCUCUGCUCCAGUCCUUCCUGCAGGUCAGCGUGUUCCAGGUGCGGGUGGACGAGUGUCCCGGCUCAGAGUGUGCCGGCACUGGCGGCUGCACCAAUGUUCUGACUGUGCGGGACACGCCCACCGUGGUGGACUGUGGGACGAUGAGCCUGGUUUCCGUGACACUGGAGUCCAGAGCCGUGUGCUCCUGCUCCGGACGGGACCAGUCCCACCAGCCCUGCGCCUCGUAUCCCAGAAACCCUUGCUUCAACGGAGGGGUGUGUGUAGACACUCAGCACGGCUACAGGUGCCAGUGCCCUGCUCAGUUUGAGGGACCCGAAUGCCAGCAGAACAAGCACAGUUUCCAUGGCAACGGUUAUGCUUGGUUUCCUCCUAUGAAGCCUUGCUUUGAGAGCCAUGUGUCGCUGGAGUUUAUCACAGACGUGGCUGAUGGACUGCUGCUGUACAGCGGCCCACUCGCACAGCUGCAGGCCUGGGACCACGAGGACUUCAUGGCCAUAGAGCUAAUUGACGGGACUCCCACGCUGAAAAUCAACCACGGCUCGGGAACGCUGGUGCUCCAGCUGCCGGGAAACGUUGACGUGGCAGACAGGCGCUGGCAUCGGCUGGAUGUCCGUAGCAACAGCAAGGAAGUGCGUUUCACUCUGGACCGAUGCUCAGGGGCAGCAGUGAUGGAGAAGGAGGGUCGGGGCAGCUGGCUGACCACGGAGGACCACUCCUCCUGUGAGGUGAUGGGCGUCACACCCAACAUUGACAGACACCUAAACAUGAGUCAAGUGCUCCAGCUUGGAGGUGUGAAUGAGGACAUCCCCUUCAUCUAUCCUCAGCUUCAGCACAAACACUUCACCGGCUGCAUCCGUAACCUCAUUGUGGACAGCAAGCUGUAUGAUCUGGGCUCCCCAGCUGACUGGCAGUCCAGCUCUCCGGGCUGCCUUACCACUGAUAGCAGCUGUGUCAACAUGGGCUACCCGUCCUGUGGCCAUCGAGGUCGCUGCCAUGGUGAGUGGGGCUCCUUCAGCUGCCAGUGCGUGGCCGGAUACACGGGACACCAGUGUGAGGAAGAGGUUCCAGAGUUUUCCUUCGACGGCCACAGUCAUGUGCAUUACAAGCUGCCGUCUUCCCUGCCUGCCCGCAGAACAUGGAUCCAAGUCCUAGUUCGAACUCGUAAACACAGCAGCAUCAUCAUCAGUUUGGUGUCGAGGGACCAGAGUGAAUACCUGCGACUAGAGAUCUUUCAAGGCCUUCUUUGUGUUUUCUACAACCUUGGUGACGGACACUACAACUUAACCCUGCCCAGCUAUCGCCUUGACAACGGGGAGUGGCACGAGGUCUUUUUGGACAGACAUGACAACAUGAUGACGUUACGGCUGGAUGGUGGUGGAGGGAAACGGGAGGUGACUGGAUCACAGGGCAGAAGCCGAGAAAUCAUCAUCAACUCCACUGCCGUGAUGUUGGGAAACUCCUUCCCCUCUGAAAUCAACAAGAGCUUCCAAGGCUGCAUGAGGGAUCUACGCCUCAACGGUCGUUACAUGCCGCUGGACAGCCAACCACGGGACGGGGUUUCCCAGGUCAGCGCUCAAGGUCUCUCCCCUGGAUGCUCAUCUGACUCCUGCAAGAAGAACCACUGUAAACCUCCUUUUACCUGUGUGGACCUGUGGAGAGUACAUGAAUGCAGGUGUCCACCUGGUCACAUGGUUCGUGUGAACGGCACCAAAAAGUCCUGUGUGUACACACUGUGUGCUGCUCGUCCCUGUCACAGAGGAACCUGCGUAGCCCAGUCCCCCUCAAAGUUCACCUGUCACUGUCCAGAGGGCUUCAGAGGGCGCCACUGUGAGACAACAUUAGCAAUUUACAGAGACGACGUGGGCCUGAGCUUCAGCUCACUCUUUGCCAUCUGCAUCUGCUUCAUGGCGUUACUGGUGCUGCUGCUGGGCAUUUUCCUCUACACCCGCUGGCGUACCUACAAAGGUCUGAAGGAGGGUGUGUACCACGUCUCAGCACAUCACGACGGCUGGGAGGACAUCCGAGAGAACGUGCUGAACUAUGACGAGGAGGGAGGAGGGGAGGAGGACCAGAACGCCUACGACAUGGCGGAGCUGCAGAAGUCCCUCCAGCCGAGCCCCGCCCAGUCGGUCCAGUACUGCCGCUCCAGAGCCCUGCACCACCCGCCCCCCCCUCCCCACCAUCACCUUCUGCACCAGGCUCCACCUGCCCCACCCUCUACCCAGCCCCUGGAUCCCCUCAGCCGGACCUCCAGCUCCACCACCCUGCCGCCUUCUGCUGCCUCCACCUCCUCCACCACCACCACCAGCCUUCGCAGAGACGUGCCCCCAAUCAGACCCCCAGCCCAGGGGCAGGCCCGCCCCUCCCAGCUGCCACGGCGCUCCCUCUCCUUCUCUAGCCAGGAUUUAGCUCGCUACCUGUGUGAGAUCAUCCGCGAUGCCGACCAGCACCCGGACACGGGGCCCUUCGACUCCCUCCAGGUGUUUUCCACUGAAGGAGGGGGGUCUCCUGCGGGCUCCCUCAGCUCCUUCAGUUCAGCAGGGCUGGAUGGAGGGAGCACCAGCGAGGGAGGGGGUGAGGAGACACUGGGGGAGUGGGGUCCUCGCUUUGAGAAACUGAGAGCUCUGUAUGAGCGAGCAGAGGCCAGCGACCUCUGAGGACGCCGCUAACGCGCCGCCUUAAGGAAUCGAUCCGGAGGUUAGCAGAGUGAAAGCAGGGAGCAAGCGACUGACAGAGUCUACCUACGGUCCAACAGCGCGGCUCUUCGCUGCCUCGGACCUGCGAUCACCGUCUCCUAGGAACAAACCCCCUCUGGGGAGGAGAUGGGGGCUUCAGAACAUUGCUCUCUGUCAGUAGAACCAGUGGAUCUGGGUCCUUUCAGGACAUUUUUAUUUCUAAUCAGCACCAGUGAAAUGUAUUUUGUAAAAUGUUGCUGCUGAAUGAGACCUGUGUAAAUAAGAGACACACUGCACAGUCACACCACCACUGAUGGGGGGGGGGGGGUCUGCUGCUUGGCUUUGCACACUUUCACAGCUUCUGUCUCUGUGAAGGUUUCCACUCAAAGAACAGCAGCGUUUUUAAUCUGGAAUCUAUUUUCUGGAACAGAGUCUGGUUAUAUCCCACCUUCCAUCCCAAACUUUUAGUUCCUAAACCCACAGACAUCAGCUGGGACUCCGUCUACGGCAGCAUGUUUGACCAAAUUUAGGCCUGGUCACAGAGUGCAAGAGCACAGGAUGGUAGUAACUAGGUAGAUCUACAAUUCCAGAGUGAGCAGAUGAUAUUUGUCUGAUCGCUUCUAAACAUUACCAACCAUUAAUCAGCACCUCAGCAGUUAAUUAACCUAAUACUGUUUUACAUAAGUUAUUUCUUGAAAGGCUACUUUUUCUUUUAGUUGAAGUAUGGCUACUCUUACUUUUGGUUGUUCUCUAACCACCUCUGCAAUCCUACAAUAAAAGCACCAGGAGGAAUUCUGCUAGAAGUGCACAUGUGUGAUAAAUACCAGCAGUUUUAUAUAAAGGAAAAGUCCGGUCAGCAAGGAAUGAUCAAUGGAUCUUUACCUAAAUAUAAUACGCUUGAUUUCAUGAAUUUAACGUUAAUCAGUGAAACAAAUAAAAACAAUAAUUUGCGAUCCCUGAGUCUGGGAGCGGCCAUUUUUGCCCAAAUAUAGUAACACUUUAACAUUUUUUAAAUCAGUUC